AUGGCGACCGCUCUGAGGCCAGCGCUGCUGGCCCUGGCUGUCCUGGCUGUCCUGGCUGCCACUGCAGCAGCAGCGCCCGUGCCCAAGUGCAUCUGGGCUGUUGGCACAUGCAAUGCUUCCCCGGGCCACCUCUUGUCCGUGAUGGACAACCUGCGGCCCGCCAGCCCCCAGGGCGAGGGCAUGCUGCAUGUGUACGCCUUGGAGGCCGCCUGCCACGCCAGGGCUGACAAGAAGGGCUGCGAGGACGCACUGUUUUGCCUCUGGGACACCAAGACGUACCCCAAGUGCAGCGCCAACCUGGAAAAACUGAAUGGCGUGUUGUCAGACAUGACAACCAUCACCGGGUGCCCGGGGUCGCUGUCUGCCACCCUCGCUCCCUGCAACGCCAUCAAGUUUGCCGACGCCUGCAAUGCCAAGCCCGAGUGUGGCUGGCUGACCCCAGAGAACAUCCCCGUGAGUGAGGGCAGGACCGAGGCAGGGGCCCGCAAGCGCUUUGUGCGCCGGAAGCUGUCCGUGGCGGUGUCGCCCAUGAUGCGCCACAACACCAGUGCUGACAACUACGAGGAGAUCGUCAUGGGACCCUUUGAGAAGGCGCUCGCGGGCUGCCAGCCGGCGAAGCUGGCUGAGCUUGCCAAGGCGAACAAAGUGAAGGAGCUGGAGAAGCUGAUCGGGCGCAUUGAUGAGCAGGAGGAGGACGUGUAUGGCGCCUGCGAACAGGAGCCUUUCAAGCUGAUGCAGCGCUGCUUGGCCGCCACGGACGCGCGUACCUGCACUGAGCACUCGGAGUGCGCGUGGGACCCUGAUGGCUCUGAGUGCUUCGCCGCGCAGCAUGCCAUGGUCUCCUCUCUCCUUGGCGACAACACCCGUGCUGCCACCGCCGCGAAGGUCUGCCAUGCGUUCCCCAACGCUAUUGCGUGCAAGGCUGCAGGCAGCGUUGAGUUUGAGCAGCGCACAGUGGAAGCCCUGCUUCCCGAUGCCAAGGCCGUCAAGCUGGCCUUGGCGGCCGAGGGGGAUGACAAGUCGGGCUACCAGCCCUUUUCCCUGGAGGAUUGA